UGAAUUAGAAAAUCUACCAUGAGCUUUGACUGAGCACAUGAAACAUGGAGAUAUGGCAUAUGGAAAGUUUCUUGACAAAACAUUCUGAUUGGUCAGUGAUUUAAUUUUGGUCACUCAAUGCAUAAGAAAGCAAUUAUCUGGCAAAGGAAAGUAUUUGUGUAGGACUGCAGGGAGGAAAGAGAGAGGGUGGUGGGACAGAUGGAGCAGAUUAUGAAAGUGAACCGCAAACAUUUGUCAAUUUUGUCCCUGAAACUUAGCUAGCUUUACCAGAAUUAGGUGUUUGAGAGAAAAAAAAUGAAAACAGAGGCCAGGUACAACACCAAAAUAAUAUCUGUCAGCUACACAACUGGGAACUUUAUUGGAUUCUGUUGCCCCCUACAUUUGCUGUGGCUGGUGACCUGAUUGACAUUAAGGGCAUCUCUCAUGUGACAGUGAAGAAGCUCCACUGUGUGCCAACCCACCAGCUGUGUGGCUGACCUGUUACCCUGCAAUGCAACGGCCAUCCAGUGCCUUUCACAGCUUACGUCCAGCACGGGCCACCAGAGGACUCCAGAUCCCUGACCAAAGCACUCAUAAAUAUACCUAUUUGUGUCUCUGGCCACUGUUGUCUACUGUAAGCUUCCUGUGCCUUUUCCCUGCCACCUUUGCUGCCACCGUUAGGGUUGGGGUGGUGGGUCCUUGGUCAUGUGACCCUCUCUUUACUAAAGCUCAGCCUGGCGUGGCUGCACAGUUAGCUGUGGAUCACAUUAACAGGGACCCUUACCUCUCUCAAGGCAUCACGUUUGAUUAUGUCAUCCUGGAGGAGGACUGUGAGACGUCCCAGGCUUUUGCCCGUUUCCUUGGUUUCUACACACGGGCGUCUGGGUUUAUUGGUCCAGUGAACCCAGGUUACUGUGAAGCUGCUUCUCUGCUAGGAAAGAGUUGGAAUAAGGCGGUGUUUUCCUGGUCUUGUAUUGGACAUGAGUUGGAUGACGCCCGUAGUCACCCUACGUUUGCCCGCACCAUGCCCCUACCCUCCCUCGUCCUUCUGCGCUUCAUGCACCACUUUCGCUGGGCACAUGUGGGCAUCAUUACAUCAGCAGAGGAUGCCUGGUUUGAGGCGGGUUUAAAGCUGGCCAGUGCCCUGAGGAGUCAUGGGAUGCCUGUUAGCAUUGUGGCAUCUGUUCGUAAUGACCACACCAGUGUGCGUAAGACCCUGGCCAGAGUCAAGAAAGUGGCAGAUCUCCGCUUGGUCAUCCUCGUUAUGCACUCGGUGUUGAUUGGUGGAGGAACCCAGAAGCUGCUGUUGGAGACAGCUUAUGACAUGCAGAUGACAGACGGCUCGCUGGUGUUUUUAUCUUACGAUACACUCUUUUACAGUCUGCCCUACCAUCAUGUAACCCAGCCUGCCCUGCGCCAUAACAGCAAGCUGCUACGAGCCUAUGAUGCCGUGCUCACCAUCACUAUAGAGUCUCCACAGGAACAGUCUUUCUACCAAGCUUUUGAAAGGGCCCAGGAGCAAGGAGAGCUUCCCAGGAACCUUAGACCACAGCAGGUGUCCCCAUUGUUUGGGACCAUCUACUCUUCCAUUGUGUUCAUGGCUCAUGCUGUGCAAAGUGUCAGGGCUUCAGGUCAGUGGAUGUCUGGGGGGAACAUCGCCCAGAAUGCCCGAAACCUGCUAUCCAAAGGUUUUAGCCUACAAGCAAACUUCUCUGACUUUGGCACGCUGGACUACGUGGUGCUGGACACAGAUGGCUUUUCUUGGGAGUUGCAACCUACACACCAUAUUGAGAUGCAGACAGAUAUGGUGCGUUUUCUGGGAUGGCCGAUUCAUUUCCCCCCAGCUGGACCACCAAAAACUGAUUCCAGCUGCUGGUUUACACAUGGGCUCAUCUGCCGUGGAGGCGUGAAUCUUUUACACAUGGUUUUAAUCUUCCUGUCUGGUUUUCUGUUCAUCUUCUUCUCAAUUGGCUGUUCUUACUGCAUCAGGCGUAAAAUUAGUAAGAUCCGAAUGGUGCGGGGUCCAAAUAAGAUUUUACUGACUUUAAAUGAUGUCACAUUCAUCAACCCAUCCCUGAGCAAUAAGAAGCUGAGCUUGGAUGACAGCAAGGCCAGUGACUCAAGAAUGAGCAUUUCAGAGCGAAGCCUCAAGUCUCCAUUGUCUAUUCAGUCGCCAGCCACCUACGAAAAUUCUAAUGUUGUCAUCUAUGAGGGUGAUUGGGCAUGGCUCAAAAGGCUGCCAUAUGGAAAUUUCCGGAGCAUCACUCCUCAUACCAGUGAUGUGUUUGAACUGAUGAAAGAUAUGAGGCACGAGAAUGUGAACCCCUUUCUCGGCUUCUUCCAUGACUGUGGAGUGUUUGCCAUAGUAACAGAGUAUUGUUCGCGCGGCAGCUUGGAAGAUCUGUUGCUCAAUGAUGACGUCAAACUGGACUGGAUGUUCAAGUCCUCUCUCAUUCUAGACCUCAUCAAGGGUAUGAAAUAUCUUCACCACAGGAACAUCUGUCAUGGAAGGCUUAAAUCCAGGAACUGUGUGGUCGAUGGGCGUUUCGUGCUCAAAAUCACAGACUACGGCUACAACGAGGUUUUGGAGGCUCAGAGAUUUCCUUAUGUUGAACCUCCAGCUGAAACCCUUCUGUGGACCGCCCCUGAGAUUCUGAGAGGACCCUACCCUGGUCUGUAUGGCAGUCACCCUGGUGAUGUGUACAGUUUCUCAAUCAUCAUGCAAGAAGUGGUCAUGCGAGGGCCUCCGUACUGCAUGCUGGAGAACUCUUUUGAUGAAAUUGUCCAGAAGAUCCGGAAGCCUCCUCCAAUGUGCCGGCCCAUUGUGUCCCCGGAUCAUGCUCCCAUGGAGUGUAUUCAGCUUAUGAAGCAGUGCUGGAAUGAACAGCCAGAGAAGAGACCCACAUUUGAUGAAAUCUUUGACCAGUUCAAGAAUGUUAAUAAAGGGAAAAAGACCAACAUCAUAGACUCCAUGUUGCGAAUGCUGGAGCAAUAUUCCUCCAACCUGGAGGAACUGAUCAGGGAAAGGACAGAGGAGCUGGAAAUAGAGAAACAAAAGACUGAGAAACUCCUCACACAAAUGUUGCCCACGUCAGUGGCAGAGGCUCUGAAGCGGGGCACUACAGUCGAACCAGAGUAUUUUGACAGUGUCAGUCUUUAUUUCAGUGAUAUUGUUGGCUUCACCACAAUCUCAGCCAACAGCGAGCCCAUAGAAGUGGUCGACCUCCUCAAUGACCUUUACACAACAUUUGAUGCUGUAAUUGGCGAUCAUGACGUCUAUAAGGUGGAGACCAUUGGUGACGCAUACAUGGUAGCAUCAGGUGUGCCCAUGCCCAAUGGGAACCGACAUGCAGCCGAGAUUGCAAACAUGGCCCUGGACAUCCUGAGUGCUGUUGGCACCUUCAAAAUGAGACAUAUGCCUGAUGUACCAGUCCGCAUCCGAAUAGGACUUCACACAGGUUCCUGUGUGGCCGGUGUUGUGGGGUUGACCAUGCCACGGUACUGUCUGUUUGGGGACACGGUCACCACUGCUUCCAGAAUGGAGUCUACAGGAUUGCCGUACAGAAUCCAUGUCCAUUCCAGUACAGUGAAGGUCCUGAUGGAGCUGAAAUCGGGGUACAAAGUAGAGCUGAGAGCCAGAACAGAACUCAAGGGCAAAGGUGUAGAAGAAACCUACUGGCUCACCGGGAGAGAUGGCUUCACCAAACCACUUCCCGUGCCGCCCGUACUCAAGUCAGGAUGCGAAUCAAAAGAUUUUAAGGUGAUGCUUAAGAAGGCAGUGAGGAAGAUCUCCACCGUGCGCCAGGUGGCUCAGAUCACCCUAGCCGAUGAGGGCAAUGUCAUGAUACACCAUCACUGAUGAACUUUAACCUUUGCCUUUUUGACCCCACACCUGUACGCUGAAUGAAAUAGAACGUGGAGAAACAGAGGCUUGUUCCCAGCCUGUUUUUCUUUUAAAAGCACCUGAAUGGGCAAGCUUUACCGAACAGGAACAUCUCUUUGUCAUUGUAGAAAUUCAGAAUUUUCGGUAGAAGAUUUGCAUACUGCAAAUUUUCCAUACUGAAACUACAUGGCUUCUCAUAAGCUUCUCAUUUGGAGCCUUGGUGGUCCAGCUCACUCAUCAUGUUCAUCAUAAACAUAUACAUCUGUCUGAGAUGCCGCAUAUCUCUAUUCUCUACAUCCAGCACCUUUAUGAAAUGAACCAAAGUCUCACAAGGAGCUAAAUUUACCCAAUGGGAAUCCAUUACUCUACACGAGGGGCGUCAGGUCCAGCUCAAAGACUCAACACAUACAGUGCAUUCACAUCAUUCACUUGCAGAGUAUCCCUCUUAGUAAACAUGUUUGUGACUAAAGAAAAUAGUGAAUUUAAUAUCGCAAAAAUAGUGAAUUUAAUAAUGUGCAGCCAACAUUAAUAUGGUGGUUAAUAUGGUGCAUGUGGUUUUAUGAUGAUCUUUAAUUUUAGGUUUAGAGUUUAGUUUUACCAUGGGAUUUUAGUUGAUUUUUUUUUUCUUUUUGUGAAAAAACUGCUCAUUGAUGAUCAGUUAGCAUAAUCAAAAAUAGGAUUACCAUGAAAACCCAAAGAAUAUCAAAAUAUGUAUUAGAAUGCAUUUUUGCAAUGCAUGAGUGCGUCAUGGUGGUUGUAUAAAUUAGAUUUAGUUUUGGUAAAGAAGUAAACUAUGAUGUUGUUUGUACAUACUACAGUUCAAAAGUUUGGGGUCAGUAAGAUUUUUUAUGUUUUCAAAAGAAGUUUCUUAUCUUCACUAAGGCUGCAUUUAUUUAUCAAAAAGUCUUUGCUGUCAUUUCUGAUCUAUUUAAUGCACACUUGCUAAAUGAAUGUUACUGACAGCAAGCUUUUGAACAUUAGUAUAUAUAUUUGUAGACAAAUACUAAUUCAUGUUAAAGUACCGAACUACUGAAAUUCCAAAAAAAAAAAAUACAAAUUGAAAAUACCGUGUGUUGUUAAUUAAAAGGACGAGGUAUACUGUUUAAUGCGAAAAGGGCUAAAGUGUGUUAUGAGUCUUGAAAUGUUUGUGAUAUCAUAGUUAAAUGCAUUCAUCCUGAGAUGCUAUAGAAGUUCAGAAGCCCUGAAAUACUGUCUAACAGUGCCCUCUUGUUAUUGUGUCAGUAAACGCAGCAGAUGGCGACCUACAUUAUCAUGCCCUACAUGGAUUAUCCAGUACUGACUCAAUAUAAGACUGCAGAGCCACCAGGUCACCCCUAACCAGAUUACCUUCUCUCAAAACCUGUUCAUAAACUCACAGCAAGAUUACCCACCAAUACUUGCAUACAGUGUUUUAUAAUAAUUAUGAACUAGCUAUUUCUUCUCCUUCUCAGUGUAACUGUCAUGCCUCUAAGUGUUUAAAGGUUGUAAAUCUGCUAAAAAAAAGUCAGUUUAUGUAAUUUAAGAUUUUCUAAUAUACUGACUUCAGAAUAGUCAUGCCAUGAGGGAGCAUUUAAGGCAUUAGUGUCUCUGUAGGGGAAAUAAGUGGCACAAACUACACUGAGAGAUAAAAAAUGAAUAAAUGCAGGUUUAACCAUCAUUAUAUAAAAAGACUCUGAACUACCUUGAACUCCCAGCUAUAGGGAUGCCGACUUGCUAUCAAUUAAACAAACAUUAAAAAUUUAACUUCUCAUUAAUUAAAUUUCACCAAAACACAUUUCAAUUUGUUAUUAACCGUAGUUCCAAAUGAGUGAACAUAAUAUUUUUUUCAAAAACAGUGUCAGAGUGAAAUGUUUAUCAGAGAGUAGCUCGUGUUCUCUAAUAUGUAUAUCAUAUGCAGCAUUUUAAU